CCUCCUGUUGAAGUAACUAGAUAUAUGUGACACUAUUAUAAAGAUGGAGUUUAUUAAAGAGGAGAGUGAAGACAUGAGGAUUGAAGCAACAUUCACAGUGAAACAAGAAGAAACUGAGGAACAAACAGACCUGAUGGCACUGAAAGAGGAGAAUGAAGCACUAAAUGAAAUGGAAGAGAGAGAUCAAUUUAACAAUCAUCAUGAUUUCAUUACUGGAGGAAAAUCUUUUAGUCACUCACAGAUUGAAAACACUUCCUCAAGAAAAAUAGCUCAAAAGGCUGGUACUAGAACUCCUUUUAUCUGCCAACAGUGUGGAAAGAGUUUCAGUACAACAGGAAACCUUAAAGUCCACAUGAAGAUUCACAGUAGAGAGAAGCAUUACACCUGCUCUCAGUGUGGAAAGAGUUUCAAUCAUGAAGAACACUUUCAAGACCACAUAAGAAUUCACAUUAUAGAGAUGCCAUUCACCUGUCAACAGUGUGGAAAAAGUUUCAAACGAAAACAGAACCGUGACAGGCAUAUGAACAUUCACUCUGGAGAGAAGCCCUACACAUGCCUUCAGUGUGGAAAGAGUUUCAAACGUAAAGAACACUUUGAAAACCACAAAAGAAUUCACACUGGAGAGAGGCCGUUUGCCUGCCAACAGUGUGGAAAAAGUUUCAGACAAAAAAAGGACGUUGACAGGCACAUGAACAUUCACACUGGAGAGAACUCCUACACAUGCCUUCAGUGUGGAAAGGCUUUCAAUCGUGAAGACCACUUUGAAAACCACAAAAGAAUUCACACUGGAGAGAAGCCGUUCGCCUGCCAACAGUGUGGAAAAAGUUUUAGACAAAAACAGAACCUUGACAGGCACAUGAACAUUCAUUCUGGAGAGAACCCCUACACAUGCCUUCAGUGCAGAAAGAGUUUCAUUCGUAAAGAAAACUUUGAAAACCACAAAAGAAUUCACACUGGAGAGAAGCCGUUCACCUGCCAACAGUGUGGAAAAAGUUUCAGACAAAAAAAGAACCUUGACAGGCACAUGAACAUUCACACUGGAGAGAACCCCUACAAAUGCCUUCAGCAUGGAAAGGCUUUCAAUCGUGAAGAACACUUUCAAGACCAUAAAAGAUUUUCCAUCGGAGACACCUCGUUCACCUGCCAACAGUGUGGAAAAAGUUUCAGACAAAAACAGAACCUUGACAGGCAUGUGAACGUUCACUCUGGAGAAAACCCCUACACAUGCCUUCAGUGUGGAAAGAGUUUCAGUCGUAAAGAACACUUUGAAAAUCACAAAAGAAUUCACACUGGAGAGAAGCCGUUCGCCUGCCAACAGUGUGGAAAAAGUUUCAGACAAAAAAAAGACCUUGACAGGCACAUGAACAUUCACACAGGAGAGAACUCCUACACAUGCCUUCAGUGUGGAAAGAGUUUCAAUCGUGACGAACACUUUCAAGACCACAUAAGAAUUCACACUGGAGAGAAGCCAUUCACCUGCCAACAGUGUGGAAAAAGUUUCAGACAAAAAAGGAACCAUGCCAGGCACAUGAUUAUUCACUCUGGAGAAAACCCCUACAAAUGCCUUCAGUGUGGAAAGAGUUUCCAACAGAAAGGACACUUUGAAGACCAUAAAAGAAUUCACACUAGAGUUGAGCCAUUCCUCUGACAACAGUGUUGAAAGAGUUUCAAUAUGAAAGGAAACCUUAAAUUUCACAUGAGACUUCACUCCUGGAAGAAACCCUACACGUGCCCUCAGUGGGGAAAUUGUUGCAAUCAGAUAGGACUAGGGUUGGGAACUGAAAACUGGCUCUUAUCUGGAACCAGUAUUGUUUUAAGCUUGUGUGCACUGAUGCACAAGAUGUCUGUGAUAGCAUAAAAUAGUAGCUUAGCACGUUUAACCGUGUAAUGCAUUCAGGUGACACAUCAGAUGAUUUUUAUACGUCAAACAUACAACAGAACAGCAGUUUUGAGUAGCCACAGAGACAUUGCACAACUUCAAUGUUUUCAUCCUCACUAAUUUUGCACUACAAAUUGAAAUUGAAAAAGCUUAAGUUUUAGGGUAUUAAGACUUGUAUGCCUUAUAAGAUUACCAUUGCCCCAAAGUAAACAGAUGAAGAAGA